GUGGGCUGGUCACAAAUCCCCAUGUGGUCCGACAUCAUUGACAUGGCGGAAUCCCCCUGGUAGUUAUUCCAGCUCGCCCGCGCGCCAGCCCAGCCAGGCGGGGAUUUACGGGACUGCUUGCCUUCUCUCGCUCCUUCCGAAGAGCAAGCAGGGCAGUUCUUUCUUGGACACCCCCCACCCCCGUUUCCAACGCAAGGUGGCCCGCUGAGGAAAAUUCUCCAUGAAUGUACGUCACAAUGAUGAUGACCGACCAAAUCCCACUGGAUUUGCUGAAUGGGGAGGUAGCCAUGAUGCCUCACUUAGUCAAUGGAGAUGGAACUCAGCAGGUCAUUUUUGUCCAAGUUAAUCCAGGUGAAACUUUUACAAUAAGGGGAGAGGAUGGAACUCUUCAGUGCAUUCAAGGACCUGCUGAGGUUCCCAUGAUGUCGCCAAAUGGAUCUAUUCCUCCUAUACACGUGCCUCCAGGUUAUAUAUCACAGGUAAUAGAAGACAACACGGGCGUUCGCAGAGUGGUGGUCACACCUCAGUCUCCGGAGUGCUAUCCUCCCAGCUAUCCCUCCGCCAUUUCUCCGACCCACCACUUACCACCAUAUCUUACUCAUCAUCCACAUUUCAUUCAUAACUCUCAUACGGCUUUCUACCCACCUGUUACUGGGCCUGGAGACAUGCCACCUCAAUUUUUUCCUCAGCAUCAUCUUCCCCCUACAAUCUAUGGAGAGCAAGAAAUUAUACCACUAUAUGGAAUGUCCAGUUACAUAACCAGGGAAGAUCAGUAUAACAAACCACAGCACAAAAAAAUCAAAGACCGACAGAUUGAUCGCCAAAACCGUUUGAACAGCCCUCCUUCGUCCAUCUACAAGAGUCAUCCAGGGAACUGUACAACAGUGUACAAUGGUACCGUCAAGACUCAUAAUGGAGCCACAAACGGGGGAGGAGGAGGAGUGCCUGUAGUGAAGAAAACUGAACGCAGAGCAAGAAGCAGCCCAAAGUCAAAUGAGCAGGAUUUGCAUGAAUGCGACACAGAAACAAAAAGGGUUCAAGAUGCUCUUUCUGGAAUUGAGAAACCACAGGUUUCAAAUAUUCAGGCGAGAACGGUUUUGCUCACCUGGACUCCUCCAAAUGGCCUUUUUAGUGGGGAUAGACACAGCAACGGUUUGCCUUAUACCUGUGCUUACGAAGUUGCCUUAUCAGACAAAGGACGGGAUGGAAAGUACAAAAUGAUUUACAGUGGAGAAGAAUUGGAAUACAAACUGAAAGACCUUAGGCCAGCAACAGAAUAUCACGUCAGGGUAUACGCAGUCUACAAUUCAGUAAAGGGAUCCUGUUCAGAACCUGUUAGCUUCACCACUCACAGCUGUGCCCCGGAAUGCCCUUUCCCACCCAAACCUUCGCACAGGACCAAAAAUUCCCUAACUUUACAAUGGAAGGCCCCUGUUGACAAUGGUUCAAAAAUCACCAGCUACCUUUUAGAGUGGGAUGAGGGAAAAAGAAGCAAUGUUUUCAGAGAAUGUUACUUUGGGAGCCAAAAACAUUACAAGGUGACAAAACUCUGUCCAGCUGUGGGUUACACAUUCCGAUUAGCAGCUCAGAAUGAAAUAGGCAUCAGCGGCUUUAGCCAAGAGGUUGUAUGCUACACGUCAGGGAAUAUUCCUCAAACCCCUUCCGCGCCGAGGCUUCUCCGUGCUGGAGUCACAUGGGUCACCCUGCAGUGGAAUAAAGCAGAAGGCUGCACACCAGAGGAAGUGAUUACCUACACUCUGGAGAUUCAGGAGGAUAAUGAUAGUGUGUUUCACCCAAAGUACACUGGAGAAGACCGAACCUGUACUGUGAAAAAUCUUAAAAGAAGCACACAAUAUAAAUUCAGGCUAAUUGCCUCCAAUGUAGAAGGGAAGAGCAGUCCCAGUGAUGUCUUGGUCUGUACAACAAGCCCUGACAGGCCGGGGCCUCCCACCAGACCCAUCAUUAAAGGGCCAAUAACAUCUCAUGGCUUCAGUGUCAAAUGGGACCCUCCUCAGGAUAACGGUGGUUCUGAAAUCCUAAAUUAUCUGCUGGAAAUUUCAGAAGGAAGCUCUGAAGCAAAUCAAUGGGAAGUAGCGUACAGAGGAUCUGCUACAGAAUGUACGUGUACAUACUUGAAACCAGGCACUUUGUAUAAGCUCCGGGCAUGCUGUAUUAGCACUGGUGGACACAGUCAGUGUUCCGAAAGUUUACUUGUCCGUACACUAAGCGUCGCUCCGGGCCAGUGUCAACCACCCAGGGUGCUUGGGAAACCAAAGCAUAAAGAAGUGCAGCUGCAGUGGGAUGCUCCUCCUGUGUCAGAAAAUAGUUGUCACGUCUCGGCAUACAGUGUAGAAAUGACUGGACCCGAAGAGGCAGCUUUAGAGAUGUAUCAUGGUCCAGAUCUUGAGUGCACCAUUGGCAAUCUGCUGCCAGGGACAACGUAUAACUUCAGAGUGAGGGCUUUGAAUGAUGGCGGGUAUGGGACGUAUUCUGAAGCUACAAAAACCACCACAACUGCUGGGCCUCCUGGGCAAUGUAGAGCACCUUGCCUUGCCUUCCUUUCUGAUACAAGUGUACUUGUUAGCUGGGAGAGUCCCGAAAGCUUUGGUGCUGACAUCUCAGAAUACAGACUGGAGUGGGGAGAAGAUGUUGAGUCUUUAGAACUGGUGUAUAGCGGCACAGGCAACUCCUUUGAAAUCAGCCAAUUAUCAGCCGCAGCACACUAUUUCUGUAGGCUACAGGCAAUAAACCAGGCAGGAGCAGGACCUUACAGUGAUCUGGUCACCUGUAGAGCCCCAGCAUCAGUCCCUGAUGCUGUAAGCACCCUCUGCGUAUCAGAUGAUGAGCACUUGGAUGCCUAUCCGAUAUCACCCUUUGUGUGCCUUGUAUUGAACUGGGAAGAACCGUGCAAUAAUGGGUCUGAGAUUAUUUCUUACAAUAUUGACCUUGGCAAUGAUAUUAUCCCAGUGGGUAACGUCACAAGUUACGUUAUUAAUGACCUGCUUCCAGAAACCACAUUCCGGAUCCGGAUUCAGGCUGUCAAUGGCAUUGGAGCAGGACCUUUUAGCCACUUGAUUAAGGCCAAGACCAGGCCGUUGCCGCCCUUACCUCCUCGGCUAGAGUGUACUGCAGCAGGUCCUCAGAGCUUAAAGCUGAAAUGGGGGGAGAGCAGCUCCAAACAGCAUGCUGCCGAUGAUAUGGUGUACAUCUUACAGAUUGAGGACAGGAACAAGAGAUUUAUUCCAAUUUAUAGGGGACCAAGCCACACCUACAAGAUACAACGGCUGACGGAAUUUACCUGCUACGCUUUUAGAAUACAAGCUGUAAAUGAUGCUGGGGAAGGACCUUUCUCAGAAGUGUUUACCUUCAGCACAACAAAAUCCAUUCCCCCUGUCAUCAAAGCGCCUCGAGUGAGACAGUUGGAAGGAAACACCUGUGAAAUUGCAUGGGAAACAGUACCCCCCAUGAAGGGAGACCCUAUCAGUUAUAUUCUGCAGGUCCUGGUUGGAAGAGAGUCUGAGUACAAACAGGUGUACAAGGGAGAUGAAACGACGUUCCAAAUCUCAGGCCUUCAAAUGAACACAGACUACCGAUUCCGGGUAUGUGUUUGCCGCCGGUGCUUGGAUACCUCACAAGAACUUAACGGACCUUUCAGCCCAUCUGUUGCCUUUCUGCUCCAGCGGAGUGAGCUCAUGCUUACAGGGGAAACGGGAAGGAUAGAUGACCCGAAGUCAAAAAGUAUGAUGCCUUCUGAUGAACAGUUUGCCGCCCUCCUUGUCCUUGGCUUUGCAAGCGUCUCCAUCUUAUUUGCCUUUAUACUACAGUAUUUGUUUAUGAAGUAAAGAGUCCCUUACGAAGGUAUCUUUUUAACUAAUGCUACGCAUUAUCUACAUGUUUUAUUCAGCUAUUCCUCUUUAUUUUCUCUCCCCCCCUCGGUGGUGUUUUCCAGUCCUUCAUUUUUCCUGGAUUAUUGGGGGUUGGGUGGGGGGAGGAAUAGUCCUAUUUAGGAAAUAUUUAUAUUUGGGUGCACCUUUUUGAAACUCAAGAGUAGGAAGUGGUCAGAAAGAUCCAGGCCAGAUACCAAAAGCAAAUAGCCUGCUUUUCUUCUUUUGUCUUUUUUUUUAAAUCUAACCUGUAUUUGUUACUUCUCUUUCCUCGAUUCACAAAUGUAAUCGAUUUGCCUUCAUGUUUUUAUGUUUUGGGCAGUCUUUAAGUUGCAAGUUUAUUACAUUAGAAUAACUGCUUUUGGCUCUUCCGCAUCUGUAACCCUUAAUCACCAGUAUAGCAUUGCAGAUAGACUGUGGUGUUUAGCAACACGUGAGUGUUGGGCAAACAAUAAUUAUGAACAUUGCAUAUGAUGAUAUUCACUACAUUUCUCUCCUUCCCUCCUCUUCCUUUUUUUUUCUCACCUCCAUGGUAAAAAAAUUAAAUGCAGCUACAUAAUCAACUAUAUAUUUACCACAUUUCAAUCCAAAUAAUUUAUCCUGCAACCUAAAGUUCCUUUUUACAACAAUAAUCUCUUAUUCCACUUGGUUGCACACUAUGAGCUGCCUGCAUAACAAAUCCGAUAACCAGAUAGCUUUAUAAAUGACAAAACAUUACGGUUUCUACCAUUUUUAUUUUAUUUUUAUUUUAUAGCAGUAAUUUUAAGAGGGCAUUGUGCAAUAGUUACUCCCAUGUCCAGCUGUUGUUUUUAAUAAAGCUGCUUUUAACCUGUUUGCCUUUGUAUAUACUCUUAAUCCAAUCACUAGAUUUGAUAUAUUCAUCUUGAUUUAUAUGUUUAGAACUGGUGAGAGCUUGCUGCCUUUAAUAUUUAUAUUAAGUAUUACUUUUUGACAUAAGUAAUCUUUCAAUCAGCCGCUUAAGGGGAAGAAAUACCCCCAUCUGUGUUUCAGUCUUGGAAAAACUGGGAUGAAUUCAUUAGAGACAUUUUAAAUGCUAGACAUUAUGGAGCAUGAAAACAGCACCACACACUCUCCAUCUCCCCCCAUGCAAGUGACACCUGCCAUUACAAACGUGAUGUAACAAGUGCAUUGCGAGAUUUUCUCUAGUCCCGCUUAACGUCAAUGGCUGCUGCUUGCCGGGCUGGUGGAAUAUUGCAGUGUUUUGAUUUCACAUUAUCCAUACUGUAAUAGUAGGCAUUACCAAGGGAGAGACUAAGACAGCGUUUCCCAAUUUUUAGGUCCCCAGAUGUUGCUGGACCACAAUCCCAUCAUUCCUGAUCAUUGGUCAUGCUGGAUGGGGCUGAUGGGAGUUGUAGUCCAACAACAUCUGGGGAACCAAAGACUGGAAAAGGCUAAGAGAAGGAAAUACGAGGCUGCUGAUUUCAGUGAUAGCCAUGUAUCUUCUACAACAUCUCUCUCCAGCCUUAAACUAAUGUUCUUCUUACCAUCCAUUGCAAAAGCCAAUGUCAUUUUCCCUUUGGAAAUUUGCGUCUGUCUUUACAUCAGUAGCCCAAAUAUGCAUGUUAAUCCAAUCCAUCAAAAUCCUUGAUCAUUGGUGUGGGUUUUUUGUUUUACUUUUGAGUCAUUGGAUUAUUUAUAUGAAAUCAAUGAUGUUCAAGUGCCUCAGGGAUAUUGAUGAGCAGGAGGUGCGAGUAAAUUCCAAAAGGGUGCAACAGACACAGGGUGCAAUCCACCAGGAAACUCUCCUUGUGCGCACUCUAUCACAAUGAACUAGAGUUGUAUCCUUGUGCAACUCCAGUCCAUUCCUGUAGAGGUUGCGCAGGGGAAAUGUUGUGCUGCAACUCCUGGUCUGGCAGUGCAGGCGUUGGAGACGUUCCAGGGAAUUGUGCCCCACACUUUGUAUAACCCUCCUUUUAAAAAAAACAAAAAACAUUUUGUAUAUUUUUGCUAUUUUUGGUUUGGCUUGCAUCAUAGCUCUUUUGUCUUCUGUAUUAGCUAUGAUACAGUGUCUUGUACUAGCAUAUAUUCCCAUAACCAUGGGGAAACCAACAUUAUUUUUGAUCUAGGUUUAUUUAUACUAUAUACUGCAUACAGUACUUUAAAUGCAAAUUACAGUGCAAUCUUAUUAUUUAUUGUAAAAAUAAAAUAAAUAAAAAGUGUACUUAUGUACUAAAUUUUUCCCCUUCCUUGUAGCAUGUUAUAUUUCUGGGGUCUUAUUUUUGUUGGUUUUUUUGUUUUAUACAAGUGUAACUUUACCCACAGCAGCAUUCCUAGGGUUAUUAAUCUUCUUACCAUUUCUUGUGUGUUUUAAAAAUGGGAGUGUCUUAGUACAUUAAUUGCCAAAAAGAAGGAACCCACCCAGUAUGGGGCAUAAUAAGCCAAGCAUCAUGCUGCGGGGAAUGGCUUGAACGGAAUAUCUAUGGGGUUCGUCUAGUAUCAGAGCCUGUCAAAUUAUAUGCUCGAUCAGUGACCGAAAAGUUUACAUGUAGCCAAAAAUAAAAAUUAUGACCAUCUCUUGGAAGGAUAUUCUAAGAUUUGAUGAAUUAUUCUGUGUGCCUCUCUAGAUGUAGCAAACUAGUACAAAAGUUCUGUAUUUUGUUAUUGACUAUCGUUAGUUUAUAAAUUUGCCUAGCAAACUAAUGGUAUUGAGCUAGCCUUCUUUUCCCACUCCCUUUGGCCAAAGUCAUGGCUUGUCAAAUGUUUCUAGUGUUGUUUUAUGUGUGUGUUUAAUUUAAAUUUAUUUCUUCUAUAAUACUUGGGUGACCACAUAGAUAAGUUCCAGAAGUAUUGUCUUACUUCUGGAAUCUAGCCCCCUCUAGAAAAAGUUAUGUUGUGCAUAAAUCUCAUUGAAAUUAAUGGAGUCAUGGGAAGCUUGAACUCCCCUUGCUCCCAAUGUGUAGCCAAUGUAUAACCAUUGGUCUUCCCUGUAACUAACUUUAUCUAGAUUAGGGCCAACAGUUUUUAAAAGCUGGUGAUUGGGAAAGCCACAAUUUUAUAAAUGUCCCCCUCCCCCCAUACCCCCCCCAAAAAGUUUGGUCCACUACAGCAAAAAUGCCCAACACGUUUUAACUAAGUAAGAAAUGAACUACUGUAAACUUUGUAAAGGCACUCUAGAAAUUCAGACUUAUACCUUUUGAGUGUUUGAAAAGAUAUGGAAUAGUAGUUUUACAUAAGGUUGGAUAAAUGUGACAAGGAGAGAAGUCUGUAACACUUUAUUAUCAAGAAAGUAUUUAAAAUAAUUUGUUACGUAUUUUUAUUGUAGUUUCAAAAUCAAAUGUCUCCCCAUCCCACCCCACUGUCAUGAUUAAUGAAAUGUUUCCGUAUUACAUCUGUGGUUCUCUUGCAUAUACAGCCAUUUAUGCUGUAGGGUGAUUGACUGGAAUUAACUCCUGAUAUGCAGUCAUAGAAUAAAAGUGUUGCGACUUCAAACCUAUUCCUCUGUCUCCCUCCAUUAACAGCAGACACAACAAUUUGCUGAUGGCAUUGUAUUUCCUUGUAUGUCUCUCCUAAUCCACUCGAUCUCAGCUGUGUACAACAACCUCCUCAAUCCUGUAGACUAUAAAGAAUUGUAAAAAAAAGAAAAUACAAACUGGGGAAAGUAUUUUAAGAAACUAUUUAAAAGGAAAUGAAACAUUUUUAUAUUAUCUGCCUUUGUCCAUUAUGAACUUGAAAUGUUGUAGUUUUCUAAUGCUCUUUCAUCAGCAACAGUAAAUCAGUAUUCACUGUUAUCAUGGGAAAAUGCCCUAAACUGAACGUUUAUGAACAUUAUCCUUGCACAAUUCUUUAAAUUGAAGAUAAUAAUAAAAAGGGUUUUUUUGUUUUUGUUUUUUUACCUCACUUAUAGGACAUACAUUCCAAGCUUUUCAACUCUUGAGAGAAAUAAUCAUAAGUUUUCUUGUAUUGUAAAUUUAACUAUUUCAUAUGCAUUGUAUUAAAACUGCCAUAUCAAUUU